UCUUCUCCUCACAUCACAUUCUGACUCUAUCCCAGCAUUCCCACCGGCAACCAGUUACAGCAUUGUGUCGUCCUAGCGACAGACAGACAGACAGUCAGUCAGACAGACAGUCAGACAGACAGUCAGACAGGACAGAGACGAAUGAGCAAAUGACAUGCAGACUUGAAGGAUGACAGAAGUGUCAACAUCCAGCCUUCCUCGACUCUUACUUGACAACACCAAAGUAUUCUGGACUCCACUUCAGGAUCCACACUGCUUUUGAAUUUUGGUUGUUUUAUUUGUUGCUGACAUUGUAACAAAGUGUCAGACACUUUUUUUUUUCCUUCCAAAGACAGGCGGUACCAGGCUUGACCAAACAUUGACACGAUACCACAUGUGACAACGACUGUCACAUAAAGACAAGACAUACGGGGGUCGUCGUGGACCUUCUCUUUGAUAUGGAUCCAAUCUUCGCCAGCCGGGGACAUUUUAAACGCUUUAAAGGAUUUUGACUCACAUCCUCGGACUACUCACACACAAACACACACUCAUUGGAGACAACAGAGAAUCCUCCAUGCAGGAUGUGUGUAUACUGGCAUCCACCUUGGGUCAAGUUGUACUUAAACAUCCAUUAAAGGUCAGCUGCAGUAAGGAAUGACAUUGUAUGCAAAGAGUGUAAAAAUGUCUUGAACGACAGAAAAACCUAAAAAGGGGAGCGAUGGGUAGAAAGUUGACGUGGAAGAGGUGUAAAAAUGCAAAAACAUGAACAAAAUCUAGCAUUCAAGUCUUAUGGAGAGCAUCAGGUUGAUUGAUAAAUAGUGACACCAACGCACAUAAAAGAGGGAAAGAGGUUUGGAAGCGGCGUGUUCUCCUCAUUUACCACCAUGAUGGAGAGGAUUAACCCCAAAGAGGCCCCGCACCUCCCCCCUGCCCCCUCUUCACCAUCAUGUGCAUCCGAGGAGCACCAAAGUCCACUUUUAGCGUCUUCCAUGGACGCUACGGGAGACAAAGAUGUCCCCUCUACCUGCUCAGCUGAGGCGCCCAAAACCACUCAGAAGAGCACCUCAGAUACACCUGAGUCAGUCACCAUGGAGACAGCGGAGCACCAAGAAGGACCAAGAACAAAAUCUCCAACACUUGCCUCCCCGCCGCCGCUCCUCUCAGCACCAACCAAGACAACUCCGGGCUCACGCCCGCCUCCACCUUCCUCUACCGCAGCCUCGUCAGGCUCACCUCUUCCUCCCCAUAUUCCAGUCAUUAGUCUGGCCCACAGCAAGCCACCUCUCGCUAUUCCCAACACACCUCUAACCACGCUGCACCCCAUCCCGAAAAAACACCCUCACCUGGAGCUCCGCCGCAGCCACCUGCCGUGUUUUCACAUGUCCAGCUCAGGGGGGUCCGCUGGCUCUGCAGGGGGAACACUGGCGGUCUCACCGGGACCGAUGCUGGCUCAGUCGUACCUGCCCCCUCAUCCUUUCUUCUCCAGUUCAUACUUGGGUACCUCAGGAGGAAGUUAUGGCGUCAUCACCAGCAGCCGAAUUAAGAGGAGACCUUCGUCACACUUUGAGAUGGAGAUCAAUGAAUCAGGUCCUCCUCAGAAAAUCGCUCGGCGCGUCUUCACUAACAGCCGUGAGCGCUGGCGCCAGCAAAACGUGAACGGCGCCUUUUCAGAGCUGAGGAAGCUUAUCCCCACGCAUCCACCCGACAAGAAGCUGAGCAAGAACGAGAUUCUGCGUCUGGCCGUGAAGUACAUCAACUUCCUGGUCACGCUGCUCAACGACCAGGCCCGGGACUCAAGCAAGGACUCGUCUGAUGAUGAUGAUGAGGAGAUCCAGAACAUUGACUCAUCCGGGCUGGACAACAAAAUCGAGCCUCUUUUUCAAUGUGACACGCCUCCCCCGUCCCACAGUUCCUCUCCACCUCUAGCAGGAACCACCCGGCAGGACCGAGACUCCACGGAAUCAGUCGUACCGCUCGCCGCUUUGUCGGCAAGCUCCAGUUGUGACAGCGACACGAACAGUGAGGACAGCUUUGAUGCAAAGGCCUCUGUGGUGACGCAUGGCAUUAUGGGAGAGGUCAGGGGUCAGAUUAGGAUGGUGGCAGCUACGAAUGAUGAGCGCUGAUGACAAAAGUCAAACCGGAUGAGAUAUACAGUAAAGGAUGGGAUACCAAAGUGUUUGAGUCCAAAGAGUUUGUUGUGUCUGUGUACCCAAACAAUAGCCCUCAUGCACUCAUACAUACCAUAGAAGAGCCCUGUUGUGGCAUUCACGUUUUCUUUCGCCAAUAAUUAAUAAAGUAUUGUUUUCAUCGGUACAUCUAUUUACACAAAUACAGUGGAACCCGCUUAUGUCAACAACACAUCUAUGUGGACUAACUCAUCAUGUCCUGGUCCACCAUACUCAGUGCCGACUUACAUGGUCAACAUAAAAUGGGUCUAUUUAUCAGUGGCGAUUGACUCCUACGGAAGCUGGAGUUUGAUGGCAGUGAGCUGACCCGAACGCUCGGCUUCUUCAUGAUAAUUGGCUGAUCGGAGGCGGAAUCCCUUUUUGAUAUGACAACGAAUCGGCGAUUUUAAUAAGUAGUAAACCUCCAUGGGAGCAUUUUUCAUUCUGUUGUUCUGUACUAGAAUACACAUAUAUAUGAUAAUAUAGAAUAAUAGAUGAAUACUUCAAUUUACAUAUAAACACUUUUAAAUUAAUAAAUAAAUAGUAAAUAAUUAAUAAAUAAUUAAUAAAUAAAAUUAAUAUUUUUUUUAUUUAUUGCGAAUAAUAUAUAAUGAAAACAGCACUGAAUUAAAAAUGUGGCCAAAUGAAAGAAAUAUAAAAUUUCAAUAGGUUAAAAAAAUCCAUUACUAUUGACUGUUCGCCUUCUGUCCUGGCUAGUUUUGAUUUCAAUUUCAAUAAUGUCUAUAACCACGCCCCUCAGACCGACUGACCAAUGUUGACAAACGGGUUCUACUGUAGACAUCUGUGAAUUUUCAUUUCUUACAAAAAGAAAUAAAGGGUGAUAAAAUACCAAUUUUCGACUUCAGAAUAAUGACUGUGCCCCCUUGAAAGCCAAAAUAUUUUCUAUUCAUCUCAUCGCUCUAUUUGUCAAUGAUGAUGAUGGCUGGGUUUGCUUGAAAGAUGAGGACGACUAUCAGACAGACAAAUGGAUCAGACAUUCAUGGAGAUAGGGAUCUGAAAUAUUCAGAGCCUGGUGACGUCACUGCCAGAAUACGUUACGGGAAACAGAUACAAACACAGGCAGCCGUGAAAUCCCAGCCAAGCCAAGAAAGUCACAUAUGACAUAUUUAACGUCUCCAGUCGCAUAUCCUUCAAUGGAGAUCAGGGGUGAUUCCCACUGCAAAACAGGACCAUCCAUGAACUGCCCUUCGUCCACCGCUGUGUCGCAAAUUAGCAUAGUACUUCCAUCAGUGCACUUCAAUAAGUAUACUGUGUACACUGUGCACUUAGUUGUUCAGCGUGUGAAUUUUGACAAUGUUGUGCCAUCCCAAAUCGAUUACAGUCAUUGUGCACUUACUGAAAAUGACUUUUAAAAUAAUGUAAUUCCAAUGAAUCCAUUCCAGAAAGCCACAAAUGUUCACAAAUUUUUUUUGACAGUUUUCCAAUUCCAAUUAAUGUAUUCUAACCAGCAUCUUUCGACUUUAUAUUGCGAUGAAACAAAUGACAUGCAUUCCAUCUGUUGCUGUCAGACAAACAUGGCCCCACACGGAUGUUGUAACAUGAAAUAAAGUGUUUUGGUUCACUCUUCCUCUCCUGCUGCUCCAAACACUGCUCUUUGUCAGCAUCCAUUGUGUCGCAACACAUCUAAAUGUUUGACCAUUUUCAUGUGCAGGGAAGCAGAAUCCAUUCUUGCACCUGAAUGUCAAAUUUGAGCAAGAUCUGUGAAAAAAAUUACCAUUUGUCUAAUAAUUGUAAAACUUUGAGGAUAUCCGCAUUACAAGCUACCAUAUCUCCCAAAGCAUGACUCCACAACCCAUAGGGGGCGCCACAAAUGUAAUUUACAAUCAAUUUUCAAAAUAAAUGGCAUUGUUUUUGUAAGUGCACCCAUAUCAUCUGUAAUGACUGUAUAUAACCUAUACUUAAAUUACGCCCAAAUUUCAAGUAGUCUUAUUUUUUUUUCAUGCUUUUCCCCCCCUUAAUUCUUGAGAAAACAGAUUAUAUAUGCUCAGAAACUUUUCCGGUGCUCCUCUGGUGAUGAUGGAUUAAUAAUAGGGGUCAUAAACAGUAGGUUAAAAAAAAAAAGAAAAGCCGGAUGUUACAGUUUGCUGACAAUGUGUUGUGACAAUGGAAGCCUUGGGAAAAAGGUCUUUUUGGUAAUCCCAUUGUGUUUUUCAAUGGUAUUUUAAUGAUCAAGUGCAAGUGUGUGUGUGUGUGUGUGUGUGUGUGUGUGUGUGUGUGUGGUGGUUGACAACUAGCAAGGAUUUAUGUAACCACAGCAACUGUAGAUAUGUGGUAAUAUAUGAAGAGGGUGGAUGUAGGAUGUGGUUCAAGAUGGGAUUCGGUGUUGGGCAGGACUGUUGUGUGUGUGUGUGUGUAUAUAUAUGUGUGUGUGUAGGCAUUGUUGUUACAGUUGCUGCCGAUGGCCGAUGAGCUUCCUGGCAGGAGAGGAACGGGGUUGUUUUAUUAUGUAUUCUCUCUAUGUUGUAAAGGUGGUUGGACGUUUAGGGUGGCAACUACAUGGAAGACAGAAAACGGUCCCAGGGUGUUUCUAGGAACCCCUGUGCACCUACUUUAAGAACCACAUGACAGGAAGAGCCGCUUUCACAAUUGUCAUGCACCACAUGCCACCGUGAGGAUAACAGUAAAAUAUUUGAAAACAUGGCGCUUUAGUGACGCAGUGGAGUAUAAAGCCAUUAAUUAUUAAUCAGGGUGAAAAAUGGGGUUGAGCGUU